AUGGCCUCUUUAAGCACACCCACCACAUAUCCUCCCUUGUUCACUAAAGAACGCCUGACCGAGUUCGAGAACGAACUCGAGAAGGACGGUGAUCCCAUCACCAUCCAAAACGAGCUUGGGUUGGUCAAAGCAUUCUCCAACACUUGUCAUGGCAAUGGGCUAGCUGACUUACCUGCUUCCGAACCGGACCCUAUGCACAACUCGGUUCUAUUUAUGAGCGAAUACUUCUGGGAAGCAUAUAAGAAGUUCGGUAAGCCCGAUGACUAUCAAUCUCUCGAACUCAGGACCAUGAGGGCGCACUACGGGGUACCUCGCUCUUUGGAAGACAUCAGGAUCAGCCUCCGAGCAGGACUGGACAGGUACGCAGAAUCCGAAGAGGGUCAGGCAAUGGUCCAGAUGAUCCAAGAUAACCUCAGGGGGAAUAACAUGGAUAAGAUUUUUGCCUUUGGCCUCGGACCUCUUUCCUACAGCUCUGCCCGGGAGCAUGAGAGUCGCAGCAACGAGCACGCUGCCGCGAGGGUCAUCGCCACAACGAUACGAGAGAUGAAUCCUAAAAAGGAUAUCACCGUCUACCUUCAGGAUCCCGCUUAUCGCUCUGACUGCAGGCAGGUCCUCGGCGUAGCCGGCUUCAAAGUGAUUCAUUGCUACGGCGCCAAAGGGUUCACCCUCAUCGACGAUAACUCAUUCGUCUUCUGUCAUAACCCAGACUUCCCCUUUCGCGAGAUCGUCGCGGAUAUAGCUCGCCCUGCGGUGCUCGGCAUGAGGCCCCAGAGGAGCGAAGCAGAAAGCAGGUCAGAAGAAGAGCAAAGGAAGGUGGAUCGUGACUCUGUCCGAUCGCGAAAGAUGCUAGAGGAGUACCAGAUGGUGAACGUAGGGAGACAAGGUGAAAUCCUUGGAUCGAAUGCAUGGUACGUGAAGAACUCUGUGGUUGACAAGUCUUCCAGAUCUCCCCAAUCUUCUCCUCGAAAGGACGCAAAGCGGGAGCGGGAUCAUGCGUAUCCCAGUCCGCCCCUGUCCAGAGAACCUAGUGGUGAAGUCAAGAAAGAGACUGGCAAAAGCCGCCGCAUGUUUGUCGAAGACUUCAGCCAUGUCCGCCGACUUUCAGAAAACAUGGAAAUAAACGAUUUCAUGGGACCAUAUCUACUUGACAGCUCCGGACCCCCCGAAUGGCAAGCUAACGAGGUGAUGCACAUGAAUCCCCGCUUCCAAACCUUGGUCAAGUAUUGCUUGAACAUAUAUUUCACCUCCCUGUCGCAGUGCGCGUACGUCACGGACACAGUAGGCCUUGAAGAAGGCGUGCCCGGUGAGCCCGACUACAUUCGCCUUACUGAGAUGAGGCUCCAUGAUAUGGUAGUCGACAACUACCUAGCCGCAGGGGGCGACCUGAAGACGCUUCGGCUCGUCGGAGUGUCAUUGGUCAAAAGCACAGCUGCCUACCACAGCAUCAAGAAAGCAUUCGAAGACGCCGGAAUGACCUUCUUGUCUGAGGACUUUGUCGAGAUCAAGCCGGGGGAGCCGAAUUUUGAAGAGCUGGCCAAGGGGAACCCCUUUACGCGCAGUCUACUGACCCUACUCCGACUGUAUAAGGAAGAGACGGGCCACGCGUUCAUCAAGCGCAUCGUUUUCAUUUCUGCGGGAUAUGACGGACCAACCGAUCCGAUACCCAUAGGUCAGCCCGAAUUGUACAUGGUGACGGAGCUUGGCCGUCCGGAGCCCUAG